AUGCCGCGAGGUCUCCAGCUCCUGCUCCUGAGCUGCGCCUGCAGCCUGGCCCGCGCGGCGCGGGAGGUGAAGGUGGCCUGUUCCCAGGACGCGGAGCUGCCCUGCCCGGCCCCCCGGGACCCGCACGUGGCCUACAAUGUCACCUGGGUCAAGACGAGGGGCUGUGGAGAGACGCUGGUGGCAGCCCAGGAAGACCCUCACCCCUCUCAGAAGGGCUCUACAGAGGCCCCCAGUGGGGACCUGUAUUCCCUGAAGAUCCGAAACACUAGCUGCUGCCAUUCGGGGGAAUACAGGUGCACGCUGCAGGGCCCGACAGGGCAGAGCCUCCACGAAGGCACUGUGAUCUUGAAGGUGACAGGAUGCCCGAAGGAAGACAACGGAGACAGUUUUAGUAAACACACGGCUGACAUCAUGCUGCUGUUGGUGCUGGUCGUUUUCUACAUAACGCUCAUCGUUUUCACUUUUAAGUUUGCAAGAUAUCAGAUUAUUUUUCCAGAUUUUUCUAAACCCGGCAUGAAACAAGCUUUUUUUGAAUCCACCUUCCCCCAAAAGCCUUUGGAACUGGUGAUUCUUCACAAGACAGAUCUGGUAUGAGCAGGAUUUCUGCAGGAUUUCUAAACUCAAAGGUUCAGUGCUGUGCCUGUUUGUCACACUGGACCUGAGAAGAAUGAACCCACAUUGAAGAUGGCAUACUUCCUGUGAAGUCCUUCACCAACUGGAAUGUUCACUUUUUGUGGCUAGGGCUUUGAAAACUGUUAUAGAACCAAAUAACAUGGAGCCACCUGUGGGCUGCUCUGCAGGGCUGCUUCUACCUGCUCAGAGUGUUAUUCAGCCAUCUGGUCAACCUCUUGGAAGCAUUUUCAGUCAUAUAAAAGCUAAAGUGAGAUGCACUUGGAACAGGGUCUUGGGAAAUAUGAAUGCCUAGAGCUGGCCUUGGGACAGAGUCUUGAAGAUAGCUGUUCUCUUUCACAUAUGGAAAACAUUUCUUUGACUGUGCAAUGUUUUCUUGUACUAGCCCAGAUGUUUUAAGUCUGGAAGAAAUUGACAGGCCAAGCUGUGAGACAGUGGGAAAUAUUUAGCAAAUAAUUUCCUGGUGUGAAGGCCGUGUUAUUACUAAGAAGUGCUAUGUGUACAAAGAAAUAACAGGUCGGUGAACUGUUCCCCAACAGGGCCUUUUCAUCUGGGAAAGACAUCCAUAAAAAAGAAAUAAAGAAGAAUGCCACAUUUAUUUUUACAUCUACAUAGACUGUCAAAGAAGGAUUUGUGUGUUUUCUCCUUUUGAAAUCUGUAUCUGCAGUAGGGGUAUUUUCUAACUGACAAGCAAGCUGACUAUGGAGAGAAGAGAGAGUGACAGCAGGAGAAAGAGCUGGCAUGACCCAAUGAAGUGCCGGGCCAGUCAUGCAAUCUGAGUUUCAGUUCCAGCAGUUCCACUACCUGGCUGUGUGAUUUAGAGCAAGAUCCUUAUGGUUUCUACAUUCUGAGUUGUAAACUGAAAGGUUGUUGUGUGAAUUGGUUGAAAUAAUGU